UAAUUUUUGUUUCGAUUUUGUUUACUUUUAAUGUAAAUCUAAAUAAUUUUAGAUAUUAAUCUUAAAAUUUUAAAGAGUAAUUAAUAUAGAAAUUUUCAUAACCAUCUCCUCUGAUAAUAACUUCUAUUGGUGUCUUGUUUAGCUGAAACAAGUGAUAAUAACAAUAAUUAAACUACUAUUUAUAUGUAUUAGUAAAAUAAUAUUUAUGUAUUUGUAAACGACUAAACUUAUAUUAAACACUUUUAAACAAGUUUAGUUACAAGUUUAUGUUAUGUGUUGAUGUACCUACAAUAAAAAGAGUAUUAACAUUUUAAUAAAAUGUCAUAUCGCCGGGCUGUUUGGUUGGAAGAAAAUCGUGAGGAAGAAGGAGUCUUGCCAUUCGCAUGGGUGCGGGGAAAAGUAGUUAUGUGGCCCCCAUCCAAAAUGAAUGCGUUUAAAUUAAUGAAAGAAGGAGUAGAACCUAAUGAAAAUUGGCGACUUUUUAAACUAAUAAAAAUAAAAAUUACUUCAGAUUGCUACAAGGAUUGUAAUAAUUAUGAUUUAACUACAGAAACUGAAGAAGAUAAUCAGCAAGUUUCAAAAAAGCGCAAACGUACUGCUUUUACAACUUUUAUUGAAGGCGAGGAAGAAGUUGAUGUUGAUAUUAAUACAGAAAUAAAACUAUCUACAUUUCCACAGCCACCUGCUAAAUUAGGCAAAAUGUUACCAUCAAAUAUUUCACUAUAUAAAAAGGUAAUGGAUGUGGUACCACAAGGAUAUAAAAGUGAUCAUGCAACUAAACUAUCACCAAUUCCACAGUCACCUGGUCUUUCAAGCUGUUAUUCUAAGAUACCUUCAUUCAAAUCAAGCAUGGUGACUAUACCAAAAGAAAAUAAAAUGGAUCAAUCAACUAACCAAUCAGCACUUUCUCCUUUUCUGUUACCCCGAAAAUUUGAUUCUAAAAUACCAAUAUUCAGACAGAGAGCUGCCACAUCAAAAGACAAUGUAAUAGAUCUAUCAAUGAAACUAUCAGCAUUAAAUAGAAAGUUUUAAGCAAACAUGAUACUGAGUGAGCCAACUGCUUCUCAAGAAAAUGAAAUCGAUAAUGGGAAGUUUCAGAGAAAAGUUCUUUAUCAGUUAUCAAAUAUGGUUAACGAAAUUAAAGAUUUACGAAUAGCAGUGGAAAUGAUGGCCGUACCAAGUUUAGAGACUGUUGCUGAGGUCCAUCUAGAAGUUAUAGCUGGAGCUAUUGGGACCUUGAAUGGAUACAGAAAAUUAGAGGAGCAAUGUGGAGUUCUUG